UGCUCUGAGUGAACUGAGACCAGGUCGCUACUAUUUUUAGCCCCACGAUGGAGGGGAUGGAUAAACGAAUGGGUGGAGAAGAGGGGGAGGAAUAGGAGAGAGGGAGAGGUGGAGGGGGACCCGUUUUAGAAGUUCUGCUAUAGAGACCUUGCUGCUUUGCAUGGAAGACUGUCKGAGUAGUCUUACAAACUCGACGUAAGCUGACAUACCUUGGCUACUGAACACUGGACAGUGUUGAGAUAGAUCUCAGCCAACCUCGGAAUGCUGCCAGACAAACUAACAGUCCCUCAAAGCGCUUUCCUCUGGAUUUAUCCCUCUGAUUCGACCAUUGCUUAGGUUUCUUUUGAUUUUUUUCCUGUGUUGUGUCAAGGAACUAAAGGAGCUUAUGUGGAUUGCCCCGCGAUGGAAUGUAGCCUGGCUACAAAAGCUCACAAAGUUGAUKUUUUCCUUUCCCGGGAUUGGGAUURGGAUCGGUGGACGCACAGUGUUCCCCCUCCGGUGGUAGACCUGGGACUCCCGCUGCUCUGAUACUGUCAGGCCACAGGAGAAGGCGCCUCUGAGGAUUUAAAAACAGACAUUCAUACACGGAAUUCGGGAUGCGGCGUUUCGACAAGCUCAAAAAGUCGUUCCCUUUCCUGGCACACUUCCAUGUGUACGGAAAGCUGGGCAGUAAUAUGCAGUCGGAGGAGGGCACAGAAUGGCUCCUGGAGCUGCUGAUGGAGGUGCAGCUGCAGCAGUACUUCCUGCGUAUCCGCGACGACCUCAACGUGACGCGACUCUCCCACUUCGACUACGUCAAGAACGAGGACCUGGAGAAGAUUGGCAUGGGGCGGCCCGGUGAGCUCAGAGUUGCAACCUGUGAGUUGAUUCUUUAA